CUUUUCCCCAGGACCGGUGAGUCCGCUUUAUAUAAAGGCCUGGGUUCCGGUAGCGAAAAGAUCGAGGCUGACCUUCCCCUUCUCUUUCUUUCGUCUUACAGCUGGUCAUCGCUGGAAGAAUCUAACCCCUGCUUACCUCUUUCUUACUCGUCCUUUAUCUACUGCGGACUACUUUUACGACGAUCAGAUCAGAUCACUGAUUCGCAGGUUGAACUUCGAGUUUCGAGUCAAGUUUGAGUCGAGAAAAUCAGCGUCAUGGCUUUAACGAUAUCAGCACACCCAAUACUAGUCAGAGACCACGCAUCGCGCGUAACACGGGCGGGAUCUGUCCUCGUCGACGCAACCAACGUGCAACGUCGUACCAGGUCUUCACCAUCGACGAAGCACUAUAACCCUCUUUUCCCAUUUUCCUCCCGCCCGUGCAAAGCCCCACCUACCCUCUCCCUUUCAGCGACAUGUGCCAGCUCCUCGCAGUCCCGGGCACUUCUACCAUCUCUCCUCGAUCUACCAGACGUCCGGAGCGUCAUACCCUUCCCUUCCACGUUACCCGCAGAUGAUGUCGCUAGCAUAAUGGAUGUCAAUAUGUUUGAUGGGACAUUCGAUAGCGUUGAUUCGCAGUCUUUCCCAUCAGCUCCGUUUUCAUCGUGUAACGGCGCCGCUUCCCCGUGCUCUGCACAGACCCGUCUUCGCAAACGGCGUUCCCAAGCUAUCGCCACGCUCUCCCAGCCAGCAGGUCCCAGACGGGAUAAAAAGCCCAAGUCGAGGGAGAACAGCAGGUCCGGGAGUGCAGAAGCGACCAUGCGCAAGCGGUCUCGCAAGAGUUGGCGCCAAGUCGCGGACUUGAUGUUCCUCGCUACCGUCCACCGCAGCCUAGUGUCCCACUGCAAUACCGAUCCGUUGGACUGUUUUCGUGGAGAGGAUGUUGCGCCAGUAGAUGCACAGACCCUUGAGGGGCAGGAUGUGCUCCUGGCGCGCAGGAUCCAGACACGACUGAUCGAAUAUGGAUUUGGGUGUUCAUUGGUAGUUGAUGGCAUCCCGGUGGUGCCUCGCGAUAAUGUCGCAUCUGUUCCUCGGUUUUGCGCGCAAGAAGAGUCUUAUCGGCCUAUACGCUCCGAGGCAGUCCUAAACCUCCACAGUUCAUCCUCUGACACGCCUUCACCACGAUCAUCCCCACCGCCCACAAGCACCCCCAUGCCCUCUAUCCUCACUAUGCCUCAGCUCGUCGCUACACUGAUGAUGCGAAACAACGACCGAUGUAGCACGCGUUCGCGCUCGAACUGGAAAGCUCGCCGCGCUGAACAGUCAUCUGGCCAUUUCGUCGAGCGGAAGUCACCCCUUUCUGUGGCUUGUAGCUAGCAGACUUUUGCGUGCUGGCUUCCCUGCUCUGAUGAGGCAGAGAUUGAGUCUUUGCUGCCGGGCAUCGUAUCUUGUUGUCGACGCAUCAUAUCUACCGUCGACGUAUUAUAUAGCUUCGCCGCGGCCACGACGCAUCGUAUCUUUGCCACGAGGCUUCAUACUUUGUCACGAGGUUUCAUAUAUCUGCCAUGAGGCAUUGAUGUUUUUUUCUUUCUAUUUUCACGAUGUUUUACGGGCGCUACGACAUGUCAUACUGUGUAUUGAUAGUCAUUUAAUUCCUCGCAGUGCGUAGUUGAGUACGUGUGCCACUAAUUUGUGGUCUUGCUUGCGAGAUCUACGCAGUGCUAUACAAUAAUGAUGUCCAUGCUAUGAUUGAGUGAAUUGUGAAUAGGUCAAAUAGGUCAAAUACGAAAUCAAUGCA